GCCCGAUGACGCGAAGGUGGCCAGCAUUCGUGAGUGGCCGCGUCCUUAGUCUGUGACUGAGAUGAGGUCUUUCUUAGGGAUGACCGACUACUAUCGCAACUUUGUGAAGAACUAUAGCAUAGUUGCCGCCCCUUUGACUGAUCUAACUCACCUUCAUGCCCUAUGGGAGUGGACAGACAGAUGCGAGGCUGCUUUCAGACAUUUAAAGCAUGCGUUGACACAUCAUGAGGUCUUGAAACUUCCUGAUCCUGGCAAGCCAUUUAUAGUAACUACGGAUGCUAGCCAAUAUGGCAUAGGGGCCGCACUUGCACGGCAGGAGGCGAAGAAGUUGAGGCCAGUGGAGUACAUGUCCAAAAAAAUGCCCUCUCAGAAGUUGGCGAAGUCCACCUAUGAGAAGGAGCUCUAUGCGAUCAACAAGGCACUCACCCAUAGGAGGCACUAUCUCCUUGGGAGGUUCUUCUACGCCAGGACUGAUCAUCAGACCCUGAAGUGGAUGAGAACCCAACCUGUGCUCUCCGACGCUUUGAAGCGUUGGAUUGAAGUCAUAGAGCAGUAUGACUUCGAGCCCCAAUACAUCAAGGGCGAGUACAACAAGGUUGCUGAUGCGCUGUCGCGUAGACCUGAUUUCUCAGGUGCAUUGAUUACUGAGUUCGAUCUUACGGACGAUGUUACUCGCUCUUUGGUGGAAGCCUAUCGCGAGGAUCAGUUCGUGUCUGAGAUCAUACGCAGACUUGAGGCAACGGAUGAGAAGACUUCUGCCGAGUUUGAGUUGGUCAAUGGCUUGCUGUUCCUUGAGAAGGCAGGGAAUAAACGAUUGUGUGUCCCAAAUAGAGAGUCAUUGCGUAGUUUAUUUUUAGGUGAGUGUCAUGAUGCCACCGGCCAUUUUGGAUAUAAAAAGACAGCAGCCAAUCUGCUGCAGAGGUUCUGGUGGCCCAUGAUGAUGCGAGAUGCCCAGCUGUACGUGGAGACUUGUCAGGUCUGUCAGAGAGGCAAGCCACGUACUCAAGCUCCUCUUGGGCUCCUGAAACCCCUUCCAAUUCUGGAAAGGCCCGAUGAGAGCUUAUCCAUGGACUUCAUGGAGACGCUGGUCACCACCAGGAGCAGAAUGAGACACAUCUUCGUUAUCGUGGAUAGGUUCAGCAAGUACGCUAGGUUAAUUGCCAUGCCGGAAACAGCAAAGACCGAGUACGUGAUCAGAUUGUCCAAGGACAAUUGGGUCAGAGAUUUUGGUCUGCCUAAGUCAAUCGUGAGUGACAGGGAUGUUAGAUUCACCAGUGAAUUGUGGAAGGCUGCUGCUGCCGAACAGGGAACGCAGCUGCAGACGACUUCGGGUAAUCACCCCGGGGCCAAUGGCCAGGCUGAACAAUUGAAUCGCACUGUCCAACACCUAUUGCGGCAUUACAUCAAGCCCAAUCAGGUCGACUGGGACGAGAAGCUUGCUCUCAUCCCCAGUCUGUAUAACAAUGGUGUGCACAGCACCACCGGAGUGAGCCCUAACAGUCUGCUACUGACCUUCAAACCUAGGCUGCCUCUAGACUUCUUACUACCUGAAAAUCAGUCAACUGCUGCACCCGGUACUUUAGAAUUUGCAUACCGAUAUGAGUAGAAGAUGCAGCAGGCAAUGGAACAAAUGCAAUGAUAGAAUCUGAGAACAAACAUCGCCGCCCGUC